AUGGACCAAAUAUUUGAAAUCAGAUAUCUUUCCUGUGUGUCUGUCAAAUUAACUCUUCCGGAACUGAGAGACGAUUUUGCAUUAAGAAAUUAUUUUGGAACGCUAUGUUUACAGAUGGAGUGCUUCAACACUGGCAAGCUGCUGGCUUAUGCGGAAGAGGGAAAAAUGAGUGCUAUUUUGAGUCUUUUAGAUCGGAAUUCUUCUACUUUUGCCGAAGCAACUCAGAAAAUCUUGCAAAACUUGCUGAUCAAAGCUUCUCAAAAUGGGCAAAUUAAUAUUGUAAAAGAGUUAAUAAAAAGAGGUGCCGACGUCAAUUCGAAGGACGACAACGAGCAAUUAUCGCUAUAUGUGGCAUCUCAAAACGGCCAUUUCAACGUCGUAAGGUGUUUGGUUGAAAGCGGGGCAGAUGUUGAUCAAAACUACUGCGGGUGGACACUUGUAAUGGAUGCAUCACAACGUGGCGAUGUCGGGACUCUAAGGUAUUUGCUGAGGAAAGAAACACCCAUUAAGACAGCUGCUAACGAUAUGUGCGCGUUAUUGACUAUUGCUGCAAGAAGUGGCCGUAUUGAAGCGAUUGAAUGUCUUUUGGAGGAAGGAGCAGAAUUUUGUUCAGAACAUUUCAAUAAAAGAUCACCGCUGUGGGCUGCUUGCGAAAAGGGUCACGUAAGCGUUGUGGAUUAUCUUAUUCAGAAAGGAAGUAAAAUAAGUGCAAGAACCAUGCAUGGAUGGACUCCGUUGAUGGUCGCCUCUCAGAACGGACAGUUAAACCUUAUAAAAUAUUUAACCGAACACGGUGCUAAAGUUGAUGCAAAGUGCAACAAUGGGAAAACACCGUUGUAUAUUGCUUCUGAUUAUGGCCACGUUAAUGUUGUAAAAUAUUUUCUUGAACUUGGAGUCGACGUCAAUGUAAAGCGAGAAGAUGGAUGGACUUCGUUGAUCGUCGCGUCCCAAAAUGGUUACAUGGACGUUGUCAGAUGCUUGAUUACUGCUGGAGCAGACGUCAAUGCAGAGAGUAAUGAUGGGUGGACACCGCUAUCGACGGCAUCAUAUAACGGACAUAUUGAUAUCAUGAAACUUUUAAUUGUUAAUGCUGCAGACACUAACAGAAUUAAUAAAAACGGGAUGACAGCUUUGCAUAUUGCGUCCAGAAAUGGCAUGGUCAACGUCGUCAGAUACUUGACAGAAAGGACCAAUAAUAUCAAUGAUGAAGGAGAAAGCAAGUUCACACCGCUUUACGCUGCAGUCCUGGAAGGGCACCAACAGUUGGUCACAUAUCUACUCACUAAAGGAAGCGAUGUCAAUGCGGCGGGCGACGAGGAAACUCUACUACACACCGCUGUAAAGAAUGGUCACGAUAUUGUUGUAAACUUUUUAUUAGAGAAUCAAGCGAAUGUCAAUGCAAAAAACAAGGAUGGGGAGACCUUGCUAUACGUUUCCGCAAAGAAUGGCCAUGACAAUGUUGCACAGUUUCUCGUAGACAAUGGGGCCGAUGUCAAUAGCACGAACAAGGGCGGGCUCACACCACUGUAUGCUGCAGCACUUGGAGGACACAACGAAAUAGGGAAUUAUCUAACUGAGAAAGGAAGUGAUCUAAAUUUUAAGAACAAAGAUAAGGAAACUUUGUUACACGUCGCUUUGAAAAAUGGCCACGAUACUGUUGCAAAGUUUUUAGUAACAUCUGGAGCAAAUGUCAAUGCAGUAGACAAGAAUGAAGAGACCUUGCUACAUAUUGCUGCAAAGAAUGGCCACAGCGCCGUCGCCAAGUUCCUAGUAGAAAAAGGAGCAAGUAUCAAUGAAACAGACAGGAACGGGGUAAGAUGUUGUUAA